CCCUAAAAAAAAAGUACUCCUGCUCUUUGCUCCAAGAACACAAAAUUAUACUACUCCACAUCGCGAUCAUUGCAUCACAUGAGCAAGUGAUCAUCGAUCGAAAGAAAAAGGGUUAUAUUACUCGGAUCUAAUCUAAUUCCUGUGGUGAAGUCUGCAGUUGGUGCACAUAGAGGAGCUGCUGUUUCUUGGCAACAUUGCACUUUGAGUCUGAGAGCGCACCGGAGCCGAUGGCCUCGUCGCAGUGCCCGUCGUCACAGACCAUCGGAACCUAGAUCGAUGUUGACUAACCCGCCAUUGUUCUUGUCCUCCGCUUUCGCCUCCAAGCCUCUGGGAUGCUACUGUCAACAGAUGAAAGACCUCGCUGCCGCCUUCACCAAUGGCACACGGCUUCUGCCAGUAUCCUUGUCAGGCGGCGGCGCUGGCUAGGGUUUGCUUCUCACGUGCAGCCCCUUUGGGAGGAGGACACGCGAAUCUCCCUCUCUUCCCCUCAGCGUGGUCUGUGCUCGCGAGGAGUCCGGCGGCGGCAGCCUCGCCGAAUAUGUCGUGGGAGGGAGCGGGGGCGGGGCAAUCCAAUCCCAGCGCGGCGGAAGCUUGCAAUCUUCUCAGGCUGCUUCCAACUUCCAGGACCAAGGCGGCCGGUCAUCGGCUUAAUUUGCUGUGUGUUUUAUUUGAAGCUGGAGGGCAAACACCAAGCUAUGGAGAAACAGAAUAUUCAAUUAGGCUAGGUAGAGAAGAUGAAGUGGAAACUGUAAAACAUUGAGCGAUUAGCUUCUUAAGCAGAGGAUCAUUGAGCAUGACAAGUGCCCGUUUGGAUGUAAUGUCAGUGAAACUUCAUUCACUUUGCUCUGGAAUGUCCACGCACAAAAAUUAUACUAAUGGCUCUGGGGAUUAUUGUGACUGGGCUCAAUGCCGGAGUGAGGUCUUUACUGACUACAGAAAUACAGCCAGUCAAGAAAAGCAAUCAGCGUGGAGAGUCAGGUCAGCGACUACAUAUGGCUAGGGGAUUAUUGUUCUUACUUAGUGGAUCAUAUGGCUUGCUCAAAGUCAUCAAUUAUUUGUCGAUAUCUUAGUUUCUGAAGCAGUGAUGAUGAAACAAUGUCCUGAAAAUUUGAAGCUGUGGAUCAAUAGGAUCAAUAUUCAGAUAAGGAAUGGAUAGCGCUCAACCAUGUUCCCAAAUGCAGAAGGUGCAAACAAAGGCAAAUAUGAAUCUCGGAGCUGCAAACCCGAGGUCGCGCAGGAGAAGAACAGCAUUCUCGAUCUUACCAAGGGACUGGCCGCAGUAAGCAUAAAUGUCCGGCAGUGAGAAGACUCGACGGAGCGUUAACAGAUACUAAACAGAUUUGGUGGUUGGUCCUUCACUAUACCCGAAUAUGGAUGUCUGUAUUCAAGCAUGAGAUGCUAGAGGUGGUUGAGGGUUUUUGUUCCCACCUGUUCCAGGUGCUGCAGGCACCUUCUCCCCUGGGGUGGUCAUGACAGCGGUUGACGUUACUGAUGCCGAUACUGCGUUUUUUUGCUCGUCCUGUGCAAUGUGUCUCACCCAGGUUUCAUUGAAAAAGAACGCACAUGAAACAGGCGGAGCUCAACAUUGUUGUCGUCACUGCUGCAUACUAGACCAAGUAAUUCCGACUUCACCGGAGCAAAACAUCAUGAAAUUUAUAUCAUUAUAUUCGGGUUCAGUAGUUGUUGGUAAUUGCGGUUUCAUAUCAUAUAGAUCACAUAUAUCAGUGAAGUGAUUGCGGGUAAAAUUUUGCCUUAACGAAACCAAAUAAGUCAUGUAUUGAAAUGGAGUUUCCUGGGAUCCACGAGGGACAUAAUAAAACAGAAAGAGUACUUAAUCACUUGGUCAAGCAUAUAUAGUACGUAGGUUACACUUUGUUUGAUUGGUUUAUACUAUGAGUACUGUGGCAACUUGGCUGAAUACUGUAUAGGUAGGCACGCUGUUUAUUUUAUUGGUAGCAUUUUUUAUGCCAUCAGCAUAAGGACAACUAGCCCAUUUGUUUAAAACGCAAUUACCCCACUUAGCGCAUCUCCAAUAAUUUGUAUGUUAGGUUGUGAGAAAAAAUGUCCAUAUCAUCUGCCAGCAAUGUUUCAUACCACUCUUCCAAUGGAUUGUAUGUAAGUUUCCCAAUAAGAGAUGAGAAAAUAAACCAUCUUCUCUCUCAUUCCACCUUGGAGAUUGAGCAAAGGUUGUUGGUUGAUCUACAUACAACUUUGAUCUCUCUCCUCAUUUAUUCAUUGCCACAUCAUCAAAACAUUGUAGGUGGUAAAUGAACCAACAGAGUCAUCCAACAACUAUUGGAGAUGCUCUUACCGUGCAUGUUGUGUAUGCAAUUUUUCUUUCUACUCCCUCUUAUGUAUGUAUGACCUCAUAAAAAAUUAAAUCGGUUGUGCAUGCUUAGUAUCUUAUAUAUACUAAUACCAAAUUAUGCACGAUAACAAUUUUGUUUCCAUUAAUUGAGUGUCUUGGUUUAGCAUGGAAUAUUCAACUAACAGUUCUGGAUAUUCAAAUAGAUUCCCACCAACUUCAUCUGAAGAUACCUUGCCCACGACGACACCCAGUUAAAAUUGUGAAUAGAUAAAUGUAGUCGAAUUGCUAGCAGUUCCUUCCGCCUAGCUAGUUUUGAAGUCAAUGGGUGAACAGUGACCACCAUUCAUAGACAUUAUUGGAAAUUAGUUGUCCUUGGAAAUAGCUGGGUUGCUCGAUCGAUUGAACCUCCCAGCCAACACACAGAGGGAGAGAGGGAGGAAGAGGGCCAGGAGAUCGAGAUGCUUUCCCCAUAUGUAGUUUCAUCUUAUAUGAUGGCCACCAUGAAAAAGCUGUUCAAGAUGGACAGCGCUACUGGUGCAGCCAGCGUGGAGCUCUGGGUGCUGAUGACAACACUGUUGCUGGUGGCGAGGUUCCUGCUGGACUUCUCCGGGCCGUGGUACGAGGACAGGGCCAUGGCGGCCACCGUCCAAGUCAUCGAUAUGCUGAACUACUCCAUGGUGCACUACACCAUGGGGCUGAUGCAGCUGUCGGCCAAGAUGGUGAACGCCUACUUCCAGGUCUGGGCGGUGCUGCUGGUGACCCUCAAGUACAGCAUCAAGACUGACCGCCCGUACGGGAGGUCGUCCAAGCAGAUCCCAUUGCUGGACCUCAUGUCGUCUUUCUGGGCAGCCAACCUCAUCCGGGUGCAGACCUUCUUCCUCCUCAGGAUCCCUCUCUGGGUCAUCUGGGGCCUCAACGCAAUCCGCAUCAUUUCCUACUGUGUCUCCUCCGAUAGGGCUGCUGCCAUCAACCAAGAGAACGCCAAGCUGGUCAGCGACUACAUGCGAUACGAGCACACGCUCACUAGUACCGGUGAUCAUCCUGACAAUGAGAUCGUCAGGAUUCAGUGGUACAAGUACCUGGUCUGUGGGGAAGAAGCGGCGUUUCAUGAUGCCCGACAGGAGAGGAGAGCUUCUUCAUCAGCUCAGCCUCAGUACAGGGUUCGGUUGGAUCCGGAUAGCAAGAAGCUCGUUACAUUAGACAAGAUAUGGAAUGUCGCCGAUGCUUACACUGGCAGCAGUGGGUUGCUUGGCAGCACCAGAGACGCUGACAACCAACUCAAAGACGUCUGCCUCUCCUUUGCCCUGUACAAGCUGCUGCGCCGUCGGUUCUACAAUCUCCCGAUACACGAGGCUAGCCUAGGGAAAACGAGGCGGCUUGUCUUGAACUACAUCCUACUGGGGGGCUAUGAGAGGGCAUUCCGCAUCACGGAGGUGGAACUAUCCUUCCUCAAGGACUUGUUCUACAGAAAGCAUGCUGCCAUUUUCGCCCGCGGGUUUCCGGCCUUGGGUAUGCUCAUGUCUCUGUCUCUGAUCGCGGCUACCGGAUACCUUGCAUACCCUGUCCGUCAUAUCCAAAACACGUUGGACAAAGACAGCGAAAAAAUGAUCACCCGCGGGGUGUCUGUCACUCGCCUCAUAGUUGCGCUUAUCGUUAUCAAGGAGCUGUCGGAGGUGUACCUGUAUGUAUGCUCUCAAUGGACCAAGGUUCUUAUGAUCUGUAUGUAUGUCAAGCACCCGCGCUUGCGGCAUCCGUUGGUGGAGGCAGCCAUGAGAACGAUGUUCUGGUUCAUCAGGAGGGGCAGGUGGGAUCAAAUGAUCUUCCAAUACAACCUUCUGAUUUCUUAUUCACAGACUUCCAAAAAAUUCCCCAGAAGAAUCAAGUUGGAGCCAGAGGUGAAGACGGCCAUAUUUGAGUCCUUCAAGGGCCUGCAGCAGCAUCCGGAAAGGAUCGAGUCCUACUUCUCCAAUGCCUUCGGAUCAAAGGAAACCAUUAUGCAGCAGACAUGGGCGACUGAUGAACUGGAGGCUGAUACCCACAGAAUACUGGUCUGGCACAUCGCGACGUGCCUCUUUGAGAUACAUGUUUCUGAUGAAGUGAAAAAACUCAAGUGUGCACGUCUUAAAAAUAGGCUCUUGGCCAAAAAAUCAACUACUCCAGAAGAUGAGUGGCCACAUUACUUAACUGCUGUCAGUUUAUCGAACUACUGUGCGUACCUGCUUACCAAAGCAUUGGUGCCGGACAACGGCAUUGUUGUUACAAAGGUCUUGGAUGUGGUACGAAAGGAGACCUCUCGUGCCGCUUCCUCCUCCAAGUCAUUGCAAGAUGUCUACAAAAAACUUAUGGAGAUUGCCAAGAAGCCCUCUAAAGAGUCUGAGGAUGCGGCAAACGGAGAGGUCCAUGAUGAAGAGCAUAAUGGACAAGAAGCCGCUGGAAGUUCGGUACUCAAGGAUGAAGCGUUCAAGAUGGCCAUCGAUGAGCAAGAUCCUGAGGGAGAGGAGCAGCACACAGGAGAUGGUGACGACAUUAAUGGCUCCAUGACCAUGACCAACAAUGAGCAGGUGCCCAAUGGCAAUGGGGAAGCCCCUCCUACCAAGGGUGAUGAUAACAUCCAGAAUUCCGUAAUCCAGAUGGGUGCAGAACUUGGGAAGCUGUUGAUAGAGACUUAUGAAGCAGAGAAUGACAGAGCAGGUCUGUGGAGGGAUCUGGCAGUGUUCUGGACGGGCUUCCUCCUCCACUUGGCGGCGUCAACCAGAGCAGCCAAGCAUAAGACACGGCUUGUCGGAAAGGGGGAGCUCAUAACACACCUGUGGGCUUUGCUGUCUCAUGCCGGGUUUCUCGGGAAGACCAUGCAUGGGCAGACACUCCUGGACCCAGAUGACCUUGAUGAUGUCGACCCGCUCAGAUGAUCAAUUCCAUGGACAGUUGUUGUUUUCUGUACUAGCUAGCUAGCUGGAUGACCUUGAUGAUGCAUGGGUAAACUCUGCUUACAAGUUGAUGAUGCUAGCUGUUGAUUUUUCUGCAAAGGGCGGCCAUUUUCGGACGCCUAUUUAAUUGUAUCGUCCUAUAUAUACUCGUAUGUGUUUAAGUUUGUCAUGUCUAUCAAUGGGUUUCUGUUUUGGUAUUAUUAUACCUUCGAUUUGCCACGGGCUUUAUUAAUGCUUAUGGAUUUGUGAGA